UCUGAAUCUGAAUGGAGGCUAGUCCGGGUUACUCAAAUAGAAUCUGAAUUUUUUAUUAGUGAAAAGUAAAUAGCAGAGUUUGCUUUAAGCAAUUACUUGAACUGUCUUAGUAAGGCCCUUAGUGUGAACUUCAGGUAUUUGGAAUGGAUAUUCUGUAAAACACGCCAGUAAAUCAUAAUUACAAUUUAUUUUGACAGAAACGUACCAUGAGCAGUAACCAUCAUAGAGGGCUGAUUGGGCCCUCCAGUGGUGAAAUCGAACAUGUCUACUACUUGUCUGAACAUUUUGGUGCUCUUCAUCUCAACGAAGAUUACAGCGACAUUAUUUUGAAAGUGGAUGACCAAAAGUUCCAUGCUCACAAAGUAAUCUUGGCAGCUAGAAGUGAAUAUUUUAGAGCUUUGUUAUUUGGAGGAAUGCGAGAAUCAAAACAGUCAGAAAUUGAACUAAAGGGAACAAGCAUUGAUGCUUUUAAAGGUCUACUGAGAUACAUAUACACUGGCCACAUGUCUUUGGCUCCUCUCAAGGAAGAGGUAGUGUUGGAUAUCCUGGGUUUGGCUCACCAGUACGGAUUCGUGGACUUAGAGACAGCUAUAUCUGACUUCCUGCGACAAGCUCUUAGUCUCACCAACGUGUGUGCCAUCUUUGAUGCAGCCAGACUCUACCAACUGCACUACCUCACUCGUGUGUGCGCCAGCUUCAUGGACAGCCAUGCCAUGCAGCUCAUCACCCAUGAGACCUUCGCACAGCUCACCCCUGGUGGUCUCAAAGAACUGCUUGAGAGAGAUUCGUUUUAUGCUCCAGAAGUGGAUAUCUUCCGUGCAGUUGUUGACUGGGCAAAAAUAAAUGGUUUGACCUCGGGCCCAGAGCUAGAGUCAGUUCUGUCCACUGUCAGGCUCCAGCUGAUGACUGUAAGCGAGUUGCUGAAUGUCGUGAGGCCACUCCGACUUGUUACGCCCGACACCAUCCUGGACGCGCUCACUCUACGUACCACCUGUCGUGACUCUGCGCUCAAGUACCGUGGAGCACUCAAACCUGAAGAGAACGUAGCCCAUCCUAACCAUGGAACCCAGGUGCUGCAGGGAGAGAUGCGUACAGCCUUGCUGGAUGGAGACAGCAGUAACUAUGACAUGGAGCAUGGUUACACACGGCAUGCCAUCAACGAGGCAGGGGACAAUGGUAUACUGAUCAAGCUGGGAAAACAGUUCAUCGUCAACCAUGUCCGGAUGUUGCUGUGGGACAGGGAUCUCAGGUCGUACUCUUAUUACAUCGAAGUGUCAAUGGACCAGAAAGACUGGACCCGAGUCAUUGAUCACACCAACUAUUUCUGCCGCUCGUGGCAGAACCUGUACUUUGAGCCCAGAGUGGUCCGUUACGUGAGGAUUGUCGGGACCAACAACACUGUCAACAAAGUAUUCCAUGUGGUAUCUUUCGAGAUCAUGUUCACGAGUACUCCUGUGAAUAUUGAGAAAGGAUUAAUUGUUCCGAUACACAAUGUGGCCACGAUCGCCAGCAGCGCAAGUGUGGUCGAGGGCGUGUCUCGUAGCCGCAACGCGUUGUUGGAUGGAGAGACCAAGCGUUACGACUGGGACUCUGGCUAUACAUGCCAUCAACUAGGCAGUGGCUCCAUAUUGGUACAGCUGGGCCAACCGUACCUCCUUGACUCCAUGAGGAUCCUUUUGUGGGAUUGUGAUGAUCGCAGCUACAGCUACUAUGUGGAGGUGUCAGUGAACCUAUGGGACUGGGAACUGGUCUGGGACAAAACCCGAGAGAACUGUCAAUCCUGGCAGUAUAUCACAUUCACACGCCGACCUGUCGUCUUCAUCCGGAUCAUUGGUACCCACAAUACAGCCAACGAAUUGGUCUUUUGUCAGGUAUUCCACUGCGUACACCUAGAGUGUCCAGCACAAAGUGAAGAUGUAGCCAGUCCUCGCUUAGAGCCGAGGCCGCGGCACUACUCACUUCCAACCCAACCACAGAUGGCAUUGGUGCCACUCGCUGCUGAGGCCAAGGAAGAUGAGGUUCCAAGGGAGGAUGAUGGGGAAGAAGAGACAUCAGAUGACCAACCAGGGCAGUGAUACCAGACCUAUGUAUUACCAGUUUCAUGUUUCCCUUUAAGGUUAACUUUUUGUGAUAAUUCAUUUUUAAAGUAUUAUUAAUAAGUGGUUAAAAUUGAUUCCUAUAGUGUUAUUUUUGGUACUUAAAUUCUUGCCUUCUAUGUAAAUUAUUGUUUUCUUUUACAAUGCAUUUAAAGUUUUUGAAAGUAAUAUAUUUUUGUUGUUUUAAUACGUAGUCUAUUAAUACAACGUAAUUUGAAAGUAUUCUGACACACUUGCAACUAGUGCCUAAUAAACUUACAGAGCAUCCACAGCGAAAUUAGACUAAAGAAGUUAAUAUUUAUCUUUGAGCAAAUUUUGUAAUCUUUAAAAAUUACGAAAGGAAAGCUACUUGUUUUUCUAACAUGUCAAAUAGAAAUAAUUAUAUCUCUGAUUUCAUUAUUAUCGUUUAUCUAUCAUAAAUUUGUAUUGAUAAUAAUUUUUUCUUUUCUUAUUAGAUAUUUUUCAUGGAAAGUGCCAUUGAUAUUAUAGAAAUCAUUAAGUGGUUCUUGACUUGGGUUCUGAUUUUGUUGAAUAAAACAAACUAAUUUUGUAAAUAUCAUAGUAAAUAAAAAAAGUAUAAAGAAUGUAAGAAGAGUAUUGAUCUCUUUGACAGAUUUUCACUCUCUGAAUUAUGUGCUAAUUGUAUACUGUCAUAAUAUCAGAAUUGCAGCACAAAAUUCAGGCUUUUAAAACUUUUUUAGUUUAGUAAAUUGUAUAUGUUGAUUCUACAAACCCGCAAUCUAAUGGUCAGUAUUGCCUGAAUAUUUAGUGUUGCAUUUUGUGUUAUGUACCCUGCUUGCAGUGAAUUUCAAAGAAGUAUUUCAUCAUUGUACUAGAAUAGAAUAUUACCAAAUCUCAGAACUCCUGUCAAAACCUUUGUUUCGUUUUUUAAUGGCUUAUUUUCUGUUUGAACAGUUAUAUUUUUUUAUGAAGUUAUGUUUAAUUAAAAUAAACACAUUGUUUGCAAUGUCUCUAUUUUUUUAGAAUUUUCCAUUGCUGAACCAUUUGGUAAAUCACUGAUAACUAAGUCAAUUUAGGAUAAUUUUUCAUGUUAUUUUAGUGUUCCCGGAAUAAAAGUUUAAAAAUGUUGUA